UGGGCCGCGGGCAACGCAUUGGAAGACCCAUAAUCCAAAAAGCAAUGACGGAAAAGGUAGAGAGAAAGUUUGUUGUGUAAGGGAGAGGGCGCGAUCGGCAGGCGAUCGGAAUAUACAGGGAGAUCGUUUGCCGGCGGAGAGUCAGCUAGUUGUCGGCCGAAGACUCACCUUCGUGGUUGGGGAGUCGUAGUGUGAAAAAGGAAGGAAUAAUGGUCGGCCGGCGCGGGAUAUUUUUCGAUCCGGUCAUGUUCUAUUCUUCUCUUUUAUUCUUCUUAUUCUUGGUGCUCUUUUUCAAAAGUGCGUGGUGCUUAAAACUAGUUUCUCUUCAUGUUCCAAAUCUUGUAGUGGUAGGAGAAGAUGUACAACUACAGUGUGCUUAUGAUCUGGAAGGAGAUCCACUUUAUUCCAUAAAAUGGUAUAGAGACGACGUAGAAUUUUAUAGAUACGUGCCCAGGGACAAACCCCCCGGUCAGUUCUUUCCCCUAAAAGGAGUUAGCGUCGAUACUUUGAGGUCAGUGAAUGGAACAUUGAUUCUCCUGGAGACGGACGAGACAACGACGGGCAACUACAAGUGUGAAGUGUCCGCAGAUGCACCUUCCUUCCAGACUGUCUCAACGCAUCGGAAACUUAGAGUAACAGAAUUCUUGGCGUCAGGAUGUAAAAGCGGUGGUCACCUUCAACGUGGCCUCCUGUUGGUAGCGGGAUUGUUCUAUGCCUUCCUCUGGUGACUGGUCAUCCCAUCCAAACCUCACACUGUGAUAGUCAUCCGUUCCUAAGAAGCCGGAUGCUGCCCACUUUCACAACAUACCCACAAUCCUUUGUCUGAAGUGGGAACAACUCUUCAUCAAUCCUUUGGAUUAAUUCCAUUCUUUUUCCUUCAAACAAAUAAACACUGGACUUUCUGGCGGAGAAGAAGAUAGGACGGCAUCGAAAAUGCUGCUCACACAAUCUCCCCUCCCCUUACUCUGUUUAUGGGAGGGGGGAGAUAUCUUUAUCGAAUGCGCUCAAAAAGCAGGCAGCAACUAAAAUUGCGAUCAAAAGCGUGACUGAAGGUGAUUGAUUAGUUAUGAAAAGGAUUUACGAAUUACUUUUUUGAUAGUUGUUGGAAAUUGUUCAUUUAGAAUCAAGUAGAUCGCCUGAUUAUCUUGAAAACAAUUGUGAGCAGCUUCGUGGGAAUUGUGUACAUAACUUAUUAUGUAUGUUCUUAUUACAUGAUACAUUUAAUUUAUUUGUAAUUAAAUUCAAGCAUAAUAAAAGAAAAUAAUUUUCU